AUGGCCCCCUCCGCUUUAGAACGCGAGGAUAUCGCGCGCGAUGCCGCAUUCAACAAGGCCCUGCACGGCAAGUCUGCCAAUGCCCAGGGUGGGUUGGCUGCUAUGCGUGGCAAGGACGCUGCCGCGCAGAAGGCCGCCGUGGACGAGUACUUCAAGCACUGGGACAACAAGGCUGCUGGAGACGAGACCGACGCUAUUCGCGAGGCUCGCCGAAAGGAAUAUGCCACUUUGACCCGGCAUUACUAUAACCUGGCCACCGACUUCUACGAGUACGGAUGGAGCUCUUCGUUCCACUUCUGCCGCUUUGCCUACGGAGAACCCUUCCUGCAGGCUAUCGCCCGCCAUGAGCACUACCUGGCUCUUCAGACCGGCCUCAAGGAGGGUAUGAAGGUGUUGGAUGUCGGCUGUGGUGUUGGCGGUCCUGCGCGCGAAAUGGUCAAGUUCACCGGUGCGCACGUUACCGGCCUCAACAACAACGACUAUCAGAUCGACCGUGCCACCCACUAUGCGGAGAAGCAGGGACUUUCAGACAAGAUGGCUUUCGUCAAGGGUGAUUUCAUGCAAAUGAAGUUCCCGGACAACAGCUUCGAUGCCGUGUACGCCAUUGAGGCUACCGUGCACGCGCCUGAGCUCGUGGGCGUGUACAAGGAGAUCUUCCGUGUACUCAAGCCCGGUGGUGUGUUCGGUGUCUACGAGUGGCUGAUGACCGACGAAUACGACAACGACAACGCCGACCACCGUCGCAUCCGUCUCGGUAUCGAGCAGGGUGACGGUAUCUCAAACAUGGUGCGCAUCGGCGAGGGUCUGGAGGCUUUCCAGAACGCUGGCUUCCAGAUGAUUCACCACGAGGAUCUGGCUGCCCGCCCGGACCCCGUUCCCUGGUACUACCCGCUGGCCGGUUCCUUCAAACACAUGGGUUCUGUCUGGGACUUCUUUACCAUUGCCCGCAUGACCUGGUGGGGCCGUGGCCUCGCCCACCGCUUCGUCGGCGCCGGUGAGACCAUCGGUCUUUUCCCGAAGGGCUCCCAGAAGACUGCCGACAGCCUGGCCCUGGCUGCCGACUGUCUGGUUGAGGGUGCCCAGAAGAAUCUGUUCACCCCGAUGUACCUCAUGGUCGGCCGCAAGCCCGAGUAA